AUUUCGUGUACCCUUCCGAGUUUCGUGAUCAUCCAAACUUUUCGUGAGUGGUUCCAAACUUUUCGUGAUUGCACAUUUCGUGCAUUUAUUAUACUUUUCGUAGGUACUAUUACAUUUCGUGCGAUCCGAUUAUUUCCACAAACGGGCCGCCAUAAGCGUUACGUCCCUAGAGCUCACGAGCUGCCGCUUUCGCAGCACACUUGACCUACGAAAAAUAUCAAGGCGUUGGCAAAGCUCGAGCGUCUGACGCUCUUAUUUGUCAUUUUUCGGGAUCCUCCUCCCAAUGUCCACCUCGAAUCCACGGAACCGCUUCGCGCCGGCGCACUCAAACAAAUGAUGUUGUUUCCCGCAUCACGUCUUGGCACGCCCUCUUCCGAUGGAAAUCUGCUCAAUAUGUGUACGGCGUACACAUCCGUCACAGACCUCGUACUGGAUUUGGGGUUCUUCUCUUCGCUCUCGCAACUCAGGCGAUUCUUGCGUCAUUUUGACCGUCUGUCGAGAUUGACUGCGCACCACUCCUUUGCUGGUGACCUGCAGCUUCUUCCGGAUGGCACGGCCCCUAGAGAAACAGUCCCUGCACUUGAUUGCUCUCUGCGGGAUUUCGGCAUGGAACACAUCACUGCGAAGGCCGCGUCACAGCUUCUGGCGUUCAUUGCUGCCCCGAGGGCAUGUAGUGAACUACGAGACUUGAGUAUUAAACUCACAAGUGGACACUCUGCGGAACUGCUUCUGGGCGCCACGGAGGUUCUGCGCCGGUGCGGGAACAGGCUAUCGAAGUUCGAGUGGGAGUGCCACGUAGAGAACGAUGCGAACGUCAUACCGCAACUAAUGAACAAUAAAUCACUAGGAAAGCUAUUAGUGACGCUGCACCUUGGCGAGGCGACCGCGCAGAGGAUCGAAAGCAUCCUCAGCAAUAUCUUAGCCGACGUUACGAGUCCGUACCUAUGGUGGAUCCGCAUCGAGAUUAGGCUGACUCCGCCCUCGUCAUCCCAAGAUGCACAAGACAAACUGCUUGUAUCGAAAGACACCCCCGAUUCUAUGUCUGCAUUCCAUGCCCUUGUCUCGCGCCCAAUUUUCGACCAUUUCGCCGAAGACAGCGUACACAUCGCAUUCUCUACCAAGACUGAAUCGGCGGGCGCCAGUGCAAUGAUGUCUGCAGUCGAGUGUCACGCCAAGGCGCUCUUUGCGCCAUGGUUGGAUCGUGGGGUUCUGCGCCGGAUUAGUAUCCCUGCCGUUACUACGCUUCACUCGUCGAUUAUAUCUCUGAACCAAGGAUGUUCAGAGACAUGUCGAUAUCAGGGAGAGUAGACCGCGGUGUGGGUAGAGCGUGACUCGAGCAAGAGAAAUAUCGUUCUACACACUGCUAAGCUCUUAUGG